AUGGACUCAUGGAACAAGAAUUCUGUUAUUGCUUGCAGUUACUCCAGAGAUUCAGAAGUUCAUGUUCCUUUGUCCGAGGAAGAACAAGUGGAAGCCGAUGAAAGCUUCUCUGUUUAUGUCAGGCCCAUUGAACUUUACGACAUUCUUGUACACCGUGCUCGUCAAAAUACAUCAUUUCUACAAAGAUGUUUGCACUACAAGUUUCUUGAGAAGCACAAAAGAAGGGUACGACUAUCUAUAUCUGUAAGUAGACAUAAUGGGGAUGGACUGCAAACUGAGAGUCUUUUCCCCUUCUACAUAUUAUUGGCCAGACCAGUUCCUGGUCCAAAUGUGGAGACAUCCCGUUCUAGCUGUUAUCGAUUUAAUCAACCCUGGAAGAUAACUGUUAUUAAUGGGGCUCAGACAGAGAGUUCAACUCAGGCAAAAUUAAUUCUGCCUGAGAUUAGUACACUAUCAACAGAAGUCAAAUCGGGGUCUAUUACAAUGUUGUUGAUGAGCUAUGUUGAUAACGCCAACCAAAAAGAGAUUGAUCUGACCAAUUACGAGAAGCUAUCUUAUACUCAUGAUGGUUAUUGUCUACUCGGGAAGAUUCCUCUAGAUUUUCUACACUCUUCUUUGAAUGAAUAUGGGACCAUUAGCUUAGGAGAGAAAGUUCAGACGAGUUCAUUGGUCACCAUGCAUUCUUGUUUCAUGAAGUCGAUUUAUAUUGUGGAAGACAAGGAGAAAUAUAUAUCAUUUCAUUUUUCACAUAAUUCUGAAGCGGUGAGUAUAUUGCAGCAAGUACCGGUUCUUAUUAGCGCUGAACAUUGCCUGCAAAAUAUAUCACCUUAUGACUUGUAUUCUUACAAAAGUAUCCCUCCUGGUUUGCUGUCUGAUUUUAUAAGGCUAAGAUCUGGGAAUGUUAUAUUCUACUAUAGAUACUACAAAAACUUGAUGCAUAGGAGCGAAGUCACAGAAGAUUAUUCAUGUCCAUUCUGCUUGAUCAAAGGUGGAAACUAUAAGGGUCUGACAUGUCACUUAAUUACGUCACAUGAUCUGUUCUCCUAUGAUUUCAGGGUGAAUAAGGACUACCAAGUUGUGAUUGUAUCUGUUGAGAGCGAUACAUGGACUUCUGAGAUUAUUGGCAGUACAAGUCCCAGAAUAGACACAUUUUUCUUUUGCCACCAUAGACCCUCGAAACACAGAAAGCCAUCAAGGAAAAAGCUAAAUGCAAUUCUCUGUGACUUAAGAGGUGUGUCUGAGCAUGUAGAAUGCGAUACACAAAGUCCUAAUGCACCAUAUGUGUCAAAUGAUGCUGUUACUACAUUUUGUGGGCCAGAAACGGAUACCCAAUUAGUACCACCUGUAAAGACAAGAAACUUAUCAGCCGAACGAUCCUAUCCUAGAAACCAAGUGCUGUUGCGGAAGCAUCACUUCUAUCACUCUCAUAGAGCUCAGCCAAUGGCAUUGGAGCAAGUGCUUGCAGAUGAAGACAGUGAAGAUGAAGUUGAUGAUGAUGUUACCGACCUUGAAGACCGAACGAUGCUGGAUGACUUUGUGGACAUUGACCAGGAUGAGAAACAACUAAUGCAUCUAUGGAACUCAUUUGCUAGAAAACAACGAUUGCUGGCCGAUGCACAUGUUUCUUGGGCGUGCAAGGCAUUCUCAGACUUUCAUGGAAAAUACCUUGUUGAGACUCCACCAUUGGGCUGGUGUUGGAACUUCUUUUUGGUUAAGCUGUAUAAUCAUAGUCUUCUGGAUUCCAAGACAGUGGACAAGUGUCACUUGAUAUUAAAUAAAUAUCACCCACAAAACAAAAGGGAUCUUCAACAAAUUGAUCCUGAUAAGACCAAAGUUGAUGCAGUUUGAAGUUUUACAAGUCCUACUGUUGAUGGCUUGGCAAGAUGUCGAAACAUAUGGGCUGGUAGUGGCAUUGGGUUUAGAGAGUUGCAAUGUUCAUUCAUUCUCAUGUGUAAGAUUGAAGUUUAACAGUAUGACCCUUGUUGAAUGCUAGAUUCCAAAGCGUGGAUUAAUGUACCACAAAAUGUAGAGACAUUUCAAAAUAUGAGUAGUUACUUUUUCAAAGAAUA